AUGACCUUCCCGUCCUUCCGCCAAUGUUGUCCAUUGCGUCAACAAUGCGCUCCAGCAGCAACAGAGAAGUUAUCCUGUUCAGUAACAUAUCUUCAGGCAUCCAGGGACGCAUGCUCCCAGUACUUGUACAAUGCUAGAACUAUCGUAUUUCUAAUGAAACAACUAGUGGUUUCGAGUCAUCGGGAGGGGAGGGAGAUGUUUUCGUCACUUUCGCAAAACAUUCCUUCGAAUAUCCCAAUAAUAUCCUUUCAACAGUAUGUGGAAUCAUGGUCUGGAAAGCAAAUAGCUCGUUGGAUUGAAGGCCUGGGUGAUGCAAUGAAUCCAUAUCUUGGAACGAUACGUGAUAAUAUCAGAAGUGGAAAGUAUCUUCAUCUUAUUGAUGACGAAAUGUUGGCUAAUAUUGGAAUCACAGCCCUUGGCCCACGAAAAACUGUUCUUCAAGCUAUACAACUGCUGCUUUAUUUCUGCACUGAGGCUCCCUCCGAGAAUCUGCAGAGUCAUUCAAUGAAGGUUGUUGUGGCUUGCAAAUCCGUUAUCCAUGAGUUGGAAAAAGCAGUGCAUUGCCGCCAUGAAAAGCCGUUAACGAGAGAUCACGUUGUUUCCAUUUUGAACAGUAUUUCUCUCAUGACGUCUGUGCUGGUAGAAAACGUGAAGAAGCUGGUAUUUUGGUUGGACAGAAGCCCAUUCGACGAUAUCAAGCAUUACAUUGAAAUUAGAAAUCGUAUAGCUGUGACUAUCUGGGAUUUAGUACGUAGUGUGAACGUUCAACCAAAGUCCUUGUUUGGAGUUGCACCAGAAAUAAUUCAGAAAAUUAACAACCUCAAGGAACAAUGUGAAAGCAUUGUACGAGACAAUGAUGAUCCUCUAGUGUUAUAUACUGCCUAUACUGAACGAGCUCUACUUCGUAGACAUGAUGUCAGUACAAAUUGGGGAAUCAAUCUGCAAUCGUCCUAUCGUGGAGUACACGUGAUCAGUGAGGUAAAAGUAGGAUCUCCUGCGGACCUGUGCGGUAGAAUCGAUGCUGGGGAUGAAAUUAUGCUCAUCAAUGGCAAAACAGUUAUUGGAUGGGACCUGACUCGCGUUGCUCAACGUCUUGGUUCCUCCACGGAUACCGAGUUGCACCUAGUUGUCAAUAAAAGACCUCGCCACUCAGUUCCACUUCCACUGAAGAAAGCAGUGAAACCCAAUCGUCCACUGGCCAAGAUGAUCCCUGGAAGUCAAGCUUCUGACACUGCUGAGAAGGGAAAACAUCUAUUCAAGGUUAGGGGCUUUUCUGUUAUACUUAUAAAUUAUGUUCUUGUAAAAAGCAGUCCCUUUGCUUUUUCUCCGUGGUUGACGUCUUGUGUUAAGGAAAUCGCAUAUCCUCUCAAUCGUCGUCGAUCGUCGACAUUUCUUGGCGAUUUGGUGAAUUUGAUGGAGAUGAGGGGGAAGAGACUCCGCGCCACCAGGCGUUCAUCUUUCUGUGCCGGGAGUCCGCGUAGAGAGUUUUUCUUCGAGGAGGAUGAACGUGAUUAUGUGAGCUGGGACAUCCUAGACUUGAUUGGUCAUCCUUCACCUGACAACCAUGAAGGACCAAUUGCCAUUCCUCGAAUAGUCCGUCGUGCUCGUACUAUGAGACAUCAACCAGAUGGUUAUGUGCGGUCCUUCAUAGAUAACAAACUUGUGCAAGAAGUGGAUGACGACAUUAUUGCCGAACAAUUGCCCUUCAAUGUAGGAUGUCCUGCGGAGUUUGCCGAAGUCUCUGUUGUUGAACCUCCGGAAUUGAGCCAACUCAACAUAGUGGAACCCAGUUGCUCUGAUCCUGACUGGAGUGCACCAUUUGCUUCUAUAUCUGGUAGUGAUGAUCCAUGGAUCUUGCCGAGCCCAGCGUCACUUUCUUCUAUACCUUCCAUGUCAAGCCCUACACCAUUUCGUCUCACACCUACGCGCGAGUGGAAUGCUGAGGACACUCCUCCAACACCAAGCACUCCCGAUAUGAAAACAGCUGAAAAGACAUUUGAAGGUUGGAUAAGAAGAAGGAAAACCGCCAAAGAAUUAUAUGCUAGGGAAGUAACCAACAAGUGGCCAAAAUGUUGGAUGUGCUUGCGUGGACCUUUCCUUUGCAUUUAUCCAACGCAAUUUACUCGUCACGCCGAUAUGAUCAUUAACAUUGCCAAGUGCACCGUUUCUGACGAGACCGAUCUAAAAACAUCGAAGAAAUUUGUUUUUCGCCUAUCAAGACCACCGAUUGAGCAUCAUUUCUCAUGUUAUAACCAGAACGAUAUGCGAAUGUGGAUCCAUAAAAUAAAGGUUGCCAGUGAAAUGUAUGGAGCCAGUAAUCGCGUGAUGUCGAAAUCUGUUUCGUAUCUUGAGGUGGAGCAUGGUGAGGCCCCGUUUGAGCACUAUAAUACGCUAACAGGGUUGCCAUCACUGAUGACUCAAAGCCAGCGUGAAGAGCCGCGCAGUGCUUCUCCUGGAAGUAAUACUCUCCCACGAUCAACCACAGGGUCAAUUUCGAAACAUCUGAGACCGUCUGCACCAAAGAGUACUGUGUCCGUGGUGAACAGCGAUAAGUAUUCGCUGGCUCGUGAUAAACGAUAUUUGAUAUAUGAUGUGAAUCAUGGUGAAGGUUUUAAUCUCAGAAGAGAUGUGUAUAUGAGAAUCGCUAAUGCUGUGAGAUUACUCAGAGAAGCUGAUUUUGCAGAGAAUGGACAGAUCAUAGAUCAAGUUGUCUAUCUGCAACCGUACAAAGAGGGUUGGGGAGACGAGUACAAGAUAAAGUACGAUCACAGAGAAUGCAUUGAUGGCUCUCGUUUUUAUCAACAGAUAAGCGACGAUUCAUGGGCCAAACAGCUGUCAUCAGACGACAAGCGUGAUCGAACUGAAUUGGCAAGUUCGUUCCGAGCAGAAAGCAGACAGCGACAAGCCGUAGGAGGCGACUACGUCUGUGCUCACUGGAGACGCCGUGACUUCGUUCGAGCUCAUGGAAAGGAACUACCAAGCAUCGAAGGCACUGCAAAGCAGGUGAAUAAUCAAUCAAUAAACUCUGAAUCUACA